AGCACUCUCCAACGGGUCACAUGAAGUGCACGUGACUCAUUAGAUCAUGGUCUUCCGCAGUUGUAGCUGCAGAAUCUACAUCCACAAAUAAUUUGUUGAGGAGAGUUCGUUGUUACUCAGCUUUAAUCCUUUUGAUUUCGUAUAAGCUUACACUGAACCCGGCCUGAUUAGUGAUUUGUAAACUUGUUUUAAUCGACGCAUCUUUGUCGGCGAAACAUUUAUAUAACGUUUUGGCAGUGGCUGAAUUAAAGAAACAUUUAAAAUACGAUUCUGAGAAGAAGACUAUUUCCUAAAUCCUUAUUGUGAGCUAUAUCUUGCGAAGGCUCUAUCCUACCCGGCCCAAGGUUAUAUCAGAUUUCAGUGAACAGAAGUAGAAGAUCAUAACGACUUAUUCAAGAAACUACUUCCUAACUUUAGUCAAUCCUGUGAAGACUCUAUACUACCAGCUAUAUUAUCAGAUUUCGGUGAACAGAAGUAGAAGAUCAUAACGACUUAUUCAAGAAACUACUUCCUAACUUUAGUCAAUCCUGUGAAGACUCUAUACUACCAGCUAUAUUAUCAGAUUUCAGUGAACGGAAGUAAAGGGUCAUAACGACUUAUUCAAGAGACUACUUCCUAACUUUAGUCAAUCCUGUGAAGACUCUAUACUACCAGCUAUAUUAUCAGAUUUCAGUGAACAGAAGUAGAAGAUCAUAACAACUUAUUCAAGAAACUACUUCCUAACUUUAGUCAAUCCUGUGAAGACUCUAUACUACCAGCUAUAUUAUCAGGAUUCAAAGAGAGGAUCAAAUCAACUCACUAACUCAAUUAAUUACGAAUUUUAACAGUCUCUCGACACCAGAUAUAUCAACUGAUCAGCAAUGGAUAAAUAUUUGGAAAAUGGCAAACAAAUAUUCGAAGAAUAUUGCGCAACGGCAGAAAACCAGCCUACAAAGCUGCCCACGAUGCUUCCAAGAGCGCCAGAGCAGACCUACGUAGACAAAUAUCCAGAAGAAGGUCAACCUGGUCCCAGCUUUAGAGAUGACGAACGACAGCAGGCAAACUACGAGACUGAAGUUAAGGUGUAUAGGGCUUUGGAAAAGGUAGAUGGAAACUUUAUUGUUCUCCACAGCUUCAAAUACACGCAUCAUCAAUUUCGUACGUGUGUAGGUAAAAGUCAUAUCCGAAAAGAAUGUUCUAAAUGUAAAAAUGCAGGAGAUCAGGACGGGGAAUGUGACUUUCUUAUCAUUUGUGCGGACAGUUUCAUUGUUAUCGAGGUAAAGAACAUGGACAAUAUUUAUGGAGAGUGUACGACUGAUAAGUUGAAGGAAAUGAUUGGUACGUACAAGAAGUCAAUUGAACAGAGAAACAAGGUAGUGAAAUUGAUCAGAUGUAUUGACCAGGACGCAAAUAUUCUUCAGUUCACAGCGUACCCUAAUUUUAGUAAUCGGUUUAAAAGUCAGUUUCAAUUAAGUGAUGAUGAACUGUCGACUAUUAUAUUUGAAGAAGAUGUAUCUACUUUUAAUGCUUGGUGGGCAGAAAAUGUAACUCAGGCCAUAUCAUCUAUUAGAAGAGCUUCUGAAGAAACAGUAUCGAGUAGAGAAAUACCAAUAUCUGGAUACAAUCAAGAUUCUCAUGAGAAAGCAAGGAACAUUUUACUAGCCAUAUGGGCCACAGAAAGAGACACGUGUCAUAAAUCCAAGUGUAGUUUAGGACAAUGUAUUGUGGAUGUCAACAAACAACUUAAGGAGGGUCGCAUCACUUUCGAGCCUAAAAAAGGUAAAAAACGUUCUCGAAAUCCAGGGGUUGUAACAGCUCCUGAUGUCAUAAGCAGAUAUGUUGGGGUUCUAAAUUUAACCACACAACAAAAUGAUGUGUUUAAUUCAAAUGAGAAUCUGUUGUGGAUCAACGGACCCGCGGGGGCGGGAAAGACUGUCAUAUUGUGUGGCAAGAUAAUACAACUAAUACAAUCUGAUAAUAACAAUAAAGUAGUUGUAUUUAAGUUUACUGGAGAAGGGAACAAUUCGCAGCAUUAUCAAGAUGCAUUAAAGAAAGCUAGGAUAGAAUAUAAACUGAUAAGCACUAGUGAUAAUGAACACACUCCCGCACAACUAGCUGAUCUGAUUACAGAGAGUUUGUGUAGUGUUAUUCUUGUGGAGAUAACAGGUAGGCCAGAAAGCCACAUAUUUAACAGAUAGACUCAGUGUACUGAGUGGUUAUCAUUUGUUUGUUGAUGAUAUACAGACAGUAAUGCAUUAUACUAUCACAGCUAAAAUGUGGAGUGCACUGAUUAACAAGUUAAAAGAUUUAUCAGCAGAUAAGAAUGUGUGGAUAGCAUGUGAUUAUGUUCAGGCUUGGGAGUUAUUUAGCACAGAUGCCAUUUCAAUCGUAGCUAAUGUUUUUACUGAUAUAUUAGCACCUCAUCAGAGUACUACUUUAUCUAUGAACUUGAGAAAUACGUCUGAUUUAUCGAAUAUUUUAUCUGUAAUUAGAGAUCAAUUCGUUAAAUUAUGUUCUCUUGAAUCAGAUAUUUCAGAUUUAGUUUUACCUACACAAUUACCAGGACACUUUAUACACGGUACAUUACCUGUAAUACAUGUGUUUAAUGAUUACAAUGUUACUAGUAUUAUGCGUGUAUUUAAUAAUGAAUUAAAUAGAUUGUGUACUGCUAUGCAUGAAUUAAAUUAUUCUGAUAUAGGUAUAGUUACUUAUUAUAUCACUAGUAGUGUAUUGUCACUAGUUAAGGACAGUGUUAAUAUGAGAUGUGUUAACACUGAUAGUAAGAUUGCAGUGUGUAACAGUUGGGCUAGUUAUUCUGCUCAGUGGCCAGCUGUAAUAGUACUGCACAGAGUGUUGGGGUACAGUGAGGAGGCUGACCUGACUCACCUUUACUUAAUGUUAUCCAGAGCACGUGUUUACUGCUCUGUUUUUAUAUUCCCAUAUGAGGGUAGAACAUUAGACGAUACACCUCACAUGUUACGUUUGUUAGAUAAACUGAGUAUCUUUGCUCGUAUCAUAUGGCAUUAGAUCUUAUAUUACUGUGUAAUAACGUUGGUGGGUGACUAGUUCUAUUUUUCUGAAACAUGUAUACACAAGCCUUUAAUGCUUGAACUAAUUGACGAUUUUUGAAAUUUUGACCCAGCCGGGAUUCGAACUCGCUACCUCCGGGUUAAAGGGCCAAGGCUAUCAAUUAACCAAUAACGCCACUGAGGCGACAUUUGUACAAAUAUAUUAGGCUAGCAAUUAUGACUUGCAGAUAAUUUCACCCACUAACUUAAGUAUUAUCAUCAUCUAAUUGUGUAUCCUUUCGUAUCCUUUUUGAGUUAUUGCUAGAUAUUACA